UAGUUUCGAGUUUCAACGCGUUGCGAUUUGCCACAAUGUUAUUUCACAUCGCUGCCGCGGCAGUGCUGACGAACAUCGCAGUCUUGGAGAUCUAUUCGUUCCUCGAAUUGCCGGAAAAUGCGAAUAUGCAGUACCUAAUGGACGAGAGCCCACUCCACCGUGUGUUUGUAUAUGGAACACUAAAACGAGGAGAACCCAAUCACAAAUUGCUUCAAGACUCUGAAAAUGGUUACGCGAAAUUUUUGGGACUUGGAAAAACCUCCGUUCCAUAUCCGUUAAUAAUUGCAACUAAUUAUAAUAUACCGUUCCUAUUGAAGAAACCUGGCUUUGGCCACCAAGUCUUCGGCGAAGUAUACGAUGUUGACACAAUGAUGUUAAAAAAGUUAGACGAAUUGGAAGAGCAUCCAGCAUUUUACAAACGGUUUGAGGAUAGCGUUCAUUUUGCGCCAGAAGCUAAAGUCAAAUCGCCUGACAAAUUUGAAGAGGUCAGUACCUUAAUAAAGGUCUGGAUAUAUUUUCUACCAAAGUUCAAGGCGUCCUUAUUGGAAAGUCCAAUGUACAAGUCGUACAGCAGCGAGGGAAGUCACGGACUCAAAUACUGCGAGAAGUAUGUUCGCGACCCCUCGUACGAUCACAAAAAAGAAGUUCAAUGACAUUUUAUCCCCGAAAAUAUGUAUUUGUUUCCAGCGAGGAGAGUACAAUAAGGCCGGAAGACCUGUUCUGACCAAGCUGUUUUGCAUAAUAUUUUGUUGUCCCUUCGUCAUAUGAACGCUUCGACGUUAUGUUGUUACUCGUGGUAGUUAAUAAAAAUGUAAUCUAA